GGCUUCAGUUCUAGCCUACCCUGCUGCCGGGCGGGAGUAGGGCGAGAGGAGCCGCAGCCCCACGCCGCCGCUGCGCCCGGGGACCCUGACCCCGCCCGGCUGCCCGUCUCCCGCUUUUCCUCUGGGGUGAGGAGGGCGCAGCGGGAACCCGAGCCGAGAGGGCCAGGGAGGGUCGCGCGCAUGGCCUCGGCGGGCGCGCGGCGGCUCCCGGCCGGGACGCGCGCGGCGGCCCAGCGCGGCUGCGGCCUCCCGCUCCGCCCUCCGCGACCGCCGCGACCGCCGCGACCAAUGAGGCGCCCUGGCAGCGACGGGCUUGGAGAAGCCCCGGGGACUGUGAUGCUCCUGAGUCCUAGCGUUCAGCAGUAGCCUAGCCCCCAAUCAAAGGCAACUGGCGCUUCGCACGCUCUCCGCUUUUUCCCAUCUCCUCCCCCGGCACUGUCCUCAGCCGCCCUCGACCUUUCGCACUCGUGACUGCCUGGCCCGGGAGCCCGGCGGGCCGCAGCAGAUUUCUGAUGUCCUGCAGCCUCCUCUUGCCCCGGGCUGCAAAGGUCUUGGCGGCUGAGGCUGGCUUACCCUCAAGCCGUUCCUUCAUGGGCUUUGCCGCCCCCUUCACCAACAAGCGAAAGGCUUAUUCUGAGCGUAGGAUCAUGGGUCCCUUGGCCUCUGUGAUUCCUUCCCCUAGGUAUUCAAUGCAGGAGAUGUAUGAGGUGGUGUCCAAUGUCCAGGAGUAUCGAGAAUUUGUGCCCUGGUGUAAGAAGUCUUUGGUGGUAUCCAGCCGCAAAGGUCACCUGAAGGCCCAGUUGGAGGUUGGCUUUCCACCUGUCAUGGAACGUUAUACCUCUGCUGUUUCCAUGGUCAAACCUCACAUGGUCAAGGCUGUUUGCACUGAUGGCAAGCUCUUCAACCACUUAGAGACCAUUUGGCGAUUCAGCCCUGGUAUUCCUGCCUACCCCCGAACUUGCACUGUGGACUUUUCGAUUUCCUUUGAAUUUCGUUCUCUGCUGCACUCCAAGCUGGCCACCAUGUUUUUUGAUGAGGUUGUCAAACAGAAUGUUGCUGCCUUCGAGCGCCGGGCAGCCACCAAGUUUGGUCCAGAAACAGCCAUCCCCCGUGAACUGAUGUUCCAUGAGGUGCACCAGGCUUGAGGCAAGGGAGUAUUCCCUAGCCUCCCCUCUACUCUCCCUCCCCACCCAAUUCUCUUAUUUAUUUCAUUUGGCUCCUGCUCCAGUCUGAGAGAAGAGUCUAUGUUUAUGAUGCUGUUCUCCCUCUCAAUUCCCCAGAAAUUGGGCUCUAAGCUGGCUGGAAAUGCUGGGGGAAAGGAAAGGCAGGGGUGUGGAAAGGAGACAUGCCUAGGAAAGGGUCAGGCUCAUCCUGAGAGCCCCACAUGCCUGAUGCCUGCAGCCUUCUCACACUGAAUUAUAAUCAGGACUGUGUGGUUGUCUCUGGGCCCUGUCAAGGUGCCUUGGUGUCUGACCAGGGGAAGACAGCAACUUUUCUAAGGAUUAAAGCAAAUUUUCUAAGGAAUAAACUGAGCUUUUCCCCCUAACUCAGAGGUACUGGGUAGUCAAUAACUUUUGCCUGCUUGAGAUGUCUGAGAUCUGGCCCAAGCUUGAAAUCCAUAUGACUUCACUUUAAGACUAUUUCCAUGCUGCCUGGUUGGUGGAGAGCAAGGGGCUUUCUUACCAUCAGUGCCACAGGGCAAGGAGAAAACACCAGAGUUGUACUCUUGAGCUGUACCUUAUUCUUCCACUUGGCUUGAGUUUUUAUAAAAUGUCAAUAAAUUAAUUGUGACAGUGUGAA